UUUCCUAUAAUGUUCAGCUGUCAUUGCGCUUGCCGUAGAUUUGUGGGAGUUUAUGUAAAACCAUGAUGGCGGCGGCCUGUGCGAGAACACUUAGUAAGGUCGGUCGGUUAGUUUUAGACACGCCGAAAUGCCGUGUAUCAAACACCGUAGCAUUAGUGCCGAGAAUGACCAUGAGAUGCCAAGGAAGAGCUUACGGUACCGGCGGUGCGGGGUUUAGAUCCAGACUUUUGCUCGCUGCGCCGGUGCGUGGCAGUGGAAGAGUCCUGGGAUGCGCCUUCUUGCUCGGUGGUGGUUUCGGCUUGUACCAAACCAUCAAACUCACGCUUCAGCGUCACCUUGCAGAGGAAAAAGCAAAUGCACCUGAGCUGGGGACAGAUCUUAAGUUGACUCUGUAUCAGUAUAAGACCUGUCCGUUUUGCAGCAAGGUGCGAGCCUUCCUGGAUUAUCAUGGUCUGCCAUAUGAAAUUGUGGAGGUCAAUCCCGUUAUGCGACAGGAGAUCAAGUGGUCCACUUACAGAAAAGUUCCCAUCCUGAUGGUGAACGAGACGGUGCAACUCAAUGACUCCUCUGUAAUUAUUAGUGCAUUGAAGACAUACCUGGUCAGCAAGGAGAAAACAAUAUCUGAGAUUCUCACUUUUUAUCCUGAGAUGAAGGCAAAGAAUGACAGGGGGAAAGACGUGAUAGAGUUUGGCAAUAAGUACUGGGUAAUGGUGCGUGACGCGGAUGCUGAUCAUCUAUAUCCUGAAAAAGAGACCAGAAAAGAGGAGAUUAAAUGGCGGCAGUGGGCAGACGAUUGGCUGGUGCACCUAAUUUCCCCAAACGUUUACCGCACGCCGACCGAAGCCCUCGCUUCCUUUGACUACAUUGUACGAGAAGGCAAAUUUGGCACCUUUGAGGGCUUCUUUGCUAAGUAUUUCGGAGCUGCUGCCAUGUGGAUCAUUUCAAAGAGAUUGAAAAAUAAACACCAUCUGCAAGAUGAUGUGAGGAAAGAUCUCUACAAGGCCGUCAAUGAUUGGGUGGCAGCCAUUGGAAAAAAUAAGAAAUUCAUGGGAGGUGAUCAGCCCAACCUUGCAGAUCUGGCCGUGUUUGGUGUUCUGAGGGUUAUGGAAGGCCUUCAGUCAUUUGAUGAUAUGAUGGAACAUACCAAGGUGAAGAACUGGUACCGGCGUAUGCAGAAGGUCACACAACAUGCGUCAUAAAAUCAAAGCAUCUGUCAUCACUACAACAACUUGAAGCACUUGAUACCUGCACAACUUAAAAAAAAAACAAGCUUGAUGCCAUCUGUUGGUACCGUAAUGGUUAUGCAAAUCUUAAAAGACUAUUUUUUUCAAGUAAUUAAACUGGCUUCCAUUCUUCCUUUGCUUGGACUAUAACCACCAAGCUAAUAAUUUAUUUCAUUUGAAGAGAUCAACAAAAACAUGCCCAAAAUAGCAUAAAAUGCUUUUCCUGUUGUUGUUUUCUCUCCCUCUCUCUCCAUGGUUUGCUUUACUACUUGACUGAUUUUUUGUAUUCCUUUUACUUUGGAAAGCAAAGUGCAACAUGAGCCAAAAGUUGUUUAAAGUAAAACAACCUCAAAUGAUCUACAGACAUUGUGAAUGGGAUAUAGAGGGAUUGUUCUGAAACCAUCCAUUUUUCUCCAUCUUUAUGGGCUUAAAUAACAGGUUGUCAACAAAUGUAUAAUAUGUUGAAAAAUGGACCAGAUCACCAGAUAACGGUUAAUUUUAGCAUAUGUUGCUCUUUCUUCUUCUUCUGAAGUGCGGUUUUGUUCCUUUUGUAAAGCUGAAGUGCUGCCACUCUCAUCAGGUGGUAUUUAGGUUACCUAAGCAGAUGAGCUCAGCCCUGAUAGAUCGAUGCUUCUGUCUACCUCCGUUUGGCUUACUGUUCUCUGGUUCAUAAACAUCCAAUCUUGAGGUUGCAGUGACCUUCAGAUCUAUGGUUUACUGAAUGUUCAUAUUAAUAUUUCUCAACCUUGGGUUCUCAAGGGGUUUAACUUAAAAUGUGAUCUUACUGAUUAAUGGUUAUGUGAAAGUUAUGGACAUUUGGAGGGUCCAUUUAACCAAGAACAUUUGUCUAUGCAUCAUCUUUUGAUUUGUCAAAAGUGAUAAAUAUUUGUCAAGGAAAUAAAUUAAAAAUCUCAAGCA